AUGGGAAACGACUUGAGCACAUUAACAGAGGCGAGUCUUCAACAAAUGAUUAAAGACACUCAAAUGAAGCCGAGCGAGUUACGUCGGGCAUUCACACAAUUUAAAAGACUAAAUAGUAUUGACAAAGGGGAUGAAGAUUGUGAUCCCGAUGAGGUUGAGGAUUUGAUGUCAAAUCCUGUUACCCGUCGAUUGUUUGAAUUAUUUGACCGGUAUGAUGGUAACGAGCAAGUCCAAUUUGUACAAUUUGUCGCUACAUUGGUCACACUGUCUGACAAAGGCAAAGAGAACGACAAGAUCAAAUUUGCAUUCAACAUCUUCGACGCCGACGAGGAUGGGAAAAUCAGUAAAGACGAACUUGUCAACGCCAUUCAACUCUUUGAAUCGUUCCCAGAGCAAACUAUAAAUAGUGUCGCCGAAGCUAGUAUGAAAGAGUCUGACUUGGAUGGUGAUGGCCUAAUUAAUUUUGAAGAAUUUUCAAAAGUCAUCCUCAACAAUGCAGCUCUUGGUGGUAAAAUUACUAUUAACCUCGUCUAA